AUGGCGGGAGAGAUGAGUGACAUUAACAAAGUCGACAAUGCCUUCAAACUCUUGACGUCAAGAGACCCCAUGAUUGCACGCCUUGCUAGGGAUGAUGUGACUCAAGUCACAAGCAAAAGGCUACGUCGACCUGCAACACUGGAGGAUGCGGAGACUUUCUUGGCAGGAGUGACAGAGGGUGAAUUCAGAAUCCCUCCCACCCAGAUCAGGGAUGUUUGGACUGAGGCUCGGAAGGCAUCGAGGAGAAUGGGGAUAACGUGGACUCUGACCGAGGAGAACAUUACUGUUACGAGGCUGGACAAAACAGUAACUGCCAACACACGCAGUAAGUUAAUGUCAACAUUUAGAGGCCAGUUGUCAGUAGAACGGGACCAGCGACUGCAGAGCUUUCCCAACCAGGGAAAGACAAUGACUUGUGUUGCGCAAGACAGAUCGAGCUCGCACUUUUUCCGAACGGGAUCCUACACUCGUUUCACUGACUGGUGGUUCAUUCACAAAGUCAGGCUAAACCUCCUACCGGUGAACGGUGCAAGGCCGUGGGAACACAAGAACGACAAGACCUGCAGAAGGUGUGGAUACCAGACAGAAACACUCCCUCAUGUUCUCAAUCACUGCAUGACCCACAGCCGCACCUACACGGACAGGCACAACCGCAUUGGAGAGCGCGUCAAGACAGCAGCCAUAGCCAAGUACACAAUAACCCACGAAAACAGGGACGUUGGUGGUCUUGGCCUCCGACCAGACCUCGUAAUCGUUCGUGGUGAAGAGGCUAUCAUUUUAGAUGUCACAUGCCCUUUCGACAACGGGCAAGAGGCCUUCACAACUGCCAGAGAAGAGAAGCUGAGAAACUACCAACCUGUGGUGGAAUACCUCAGGAGACGGUAUCAGAAGGUAACCGUAGACGCCAUCGUGGUUGGCUCUCUUGGAUGCUGGGACAUCAGAAAUGUCAGGAUUAUGAGAAGGCUGUGUUCGACAAAAUUACCUGCGUCUCUUCAAGCGUCUAGCGGUCAGCGACGUCAUCGCCGCUUCCCGUGA